AUGAGCGAAGAAGGCGGCUUCAGCAUCGAUCAAUUAAUGGAACUGGCAGGAUUGAGUGUUUCACAGGCUGUAUACAAAGUCCACCCGCCUUCUCAAGGCAAGAAUAUCCUCAUCGCGUGCGGGCCAGGAAAUAAUGGAGGCGAUGGCCUCGUCUGUGCUCGCCAUUUGCACCACUACGGCUACGCUCCCACAAUCUACUAUCCCAAGCCCACUAACACAACCCUUUUCGCCGGGCUCCAAAAACAGCUUCGCCACCUCCACAUUCCUUUCCUCAGCACAAUCGAAGAGUUUGCCUCCGCGCUGGAGAGCGCGGAUCUCGUCAUCGACUCGCUUUUUGGCUUCAGUUUCCGUCCCCCGGUCCGGCCGCCCUUCGACACCGCGCUGAGCCGUAUCAUCUCCUCACACAAGCCGAUUCUGAGCGUCGAUAUUCCCUCGUCAUGGGACGUGGAAGGGGGACCGCCGGCGCAAGACCAGCUAGGAGCUGACUUCAUGCCAAGGUACUUGAUUAGUUUGACAGCUGCGAAACCGUGUGUUCGGUGGUUCAAGGGCGAGAGGCAUUUCAUUGGGGGCCGGUUCUUGUCCGAGGAUGUCGCGAAGAAAUAUGGGCUUGAAGCGCCUGGGUAUGAGGGUGUUGAUCAGAUCGCGGAAGUCCCGGUUGACAUCCCUGUUGAGAGGUUGUGA